AUGGCAUCGGAGAAGAACGAUGCACCCGCUGCAUCGACCUCUUCCGCGAGCGAUGUAGAAAUCGUCCCCGGCACCAUCCACGAAAAGAAGUUACUCAGAACAUUGGAUUUGAGACUCCUGCCCGCGGUGUCAAUCUUGUAUCUGCUCAGCUUUCUCGAUCGCAGCAAUGUCGCCAACGCACGUAUCGAAGGCCUUACAACCGACCUAGGCAUGACAGGCAACCAAUACCUCACCGGCCUAACCCUCUACUUCAUCGGCUACGUCCUCUUCGAAAUACCCUGCAACAUUGUCCUCAAACGCACAACGCCGAAGUUCUGGUUACCUACGCUUACGGUGGUUUGGGGUGUUGUGGCUACGUUGAUGGGCGUUACGCAGAACUUGUCGGGGUUUUUUGCGGUGCGCUUCUUUCUGGGAAUGGCUGAGUCGGGGCUGUUUCCUGGUGUGGUGUAUUAUUUGAGUAUGUGGUAUAAGCGCAAUGAGCGACAGUAUCGCAUUUCGUUGUUUUUUAGCUGCGCGAGUCUUGCGGGGGCUUUUGGUGGUAUCCUAGCAUAUGGCAUUGCGCAUAUGCGUAAUGAAGGUCUUCUCACAAUCAUCAUCGGAAUAAUCGCGUACUGGUUCAUUUCAAACUACCCUGCCACCGUCAGCUGGCUCAGCAAAGAAGAAAGAGCGUUCGUGCAAGCACGUCUGAAAGCCGACAGCGACGCAACGAACGAUGAAGCAUUUUCAUGGGCGGAAGUGCUGCUAGCCGCAAAAGACAUCAAGAUCUGGCUCUACGCCUUUGCCUUCCACACCAUGAGUCUACCACUGUACACUCUAUCCCUAUUCCUACCAACAAUCAUCCGCGACAUGGGCUACACAUCCGCCCAAUCCCAGCUCCUCACCAUCCCCCCCUACGCCGUCGCAACCCUCUUCACAAUCUUCUGGGCCAUUCUCUCCGAACGCUACGCCCGCCGCGCCCUCUUCAUCCUCACCACCUCCACCGUCGCAAUCAUCGGGUACAUCAUCCUCCUCGCUAACACCGAUCCCAAAGCACGCCCAGGCGUGUCCUACGUAGGAACCUUUUUCGCCGCCAUCGGCAUCUACCCUUCCGUCGCCUUGGUCCUCUGCUGGCCCGCCAUCAACGUUAGUGGGCAAACGAAGCGCGCAACGGCUAAUGCUAUGCAGAUCAGCAUUGGGAAUUUGGGGGCGGUGCUGGGGACGCAGUUGUAUCGCGCGAACUCUGGGCCGCGGUAUGUGCUUGGGCAUAGUUUUGCGCUGGGGUAUUUGUGUUUGAAUCUGGUGGUUGUGGGCAUGUUGUGGGUGUUGUUGAAGAGGGAGAACGCGGAGAAAGAGAGGGUGCUUGUGGAGAGGCCGCAGACGGGCGGGUUUCAUGAUAGUGUGGAGGAUGUUAAAUUGGGGGAUCGGCAUCCGAGGUGGAGGUUUCAGGUUUGA